AGUGUUAGAAAGUGCAAAAAGGAUGUCACGUCGGAACGUCGAAAGCAACGACAAAAGACACAAAUAAUAAGAAAAAGCUUAUUUCGCGCAGGCACUCGCAUAUUUCUAGUAAAUGCAAGGCCAUGCAAUAGAACAUAUAGUACGCGAAACCAAAUUAUUAGAUAAAUUGUCGACUUUUCAACGCAAACACCCCGAGCAACAACAACGAAACGCAGUUUAGGGCCACUGCAUUUUUGCGAGAGUGUUAAAAGUGCGUGUGUGCAAAAGAAUACAAAAUAAAGGGGUCGCAAGAGGAGCAGUGAAAACCACAACACACAAAAACACAAAACACUUACACAGAAAAAAACGCAAACUCCUGCACCUACACACACACUCAUAAAACUCACAACGUCGAGUCAGCAAAUUGUGCCACACACACAAAACAGAGAAAGAGGAAGAAGACUACCAGCAAAAAAAAAUUGAGGUGCUCUCACAUCUCCAAGACUCCAUCAACGAAUUGCCCCAUUUUUCGAAUCUCCAAAUCUCCGGAAUGAAUCGCUCCGACGGUUUGGUGCGGCGCGCUGUGAAAUUCCGGGAAAACGGAGGAGCUGAGGGCGGACUAAAUGCCAAUACGCCGGAUGACAAUCAGGAUGCACUGGAUAGUUUAAAGGAUCAAGAAGACAACAUCGACGAUGGCGAUUCUAAGGAAACAAGACUAACGCUCAUGGAGGAGGUCCUGCUGCUGGGACUCAAGGACAAGGAGGGCUACACAUCUUUCUGGAAUGACUGCAUAUCAAGCGGUUUGCGCGGAUGCAUUCUCAUAGAACUUGGACUGCGGGGUCGUGUGAUGAUCGAGAAAUCCGGAAUGAGGCGACGUGGCCUAUGUACAAGAAAAUUGAUCCUGAAAUCGGAUCAGCAAACGGGCGAUGUUUUACUCGAUGAGGCACUUAAACACAUUAAGGAAACAGAUCCACCAGAGACGGUUCAGAGUUGGAUUGAAUAUCUUAGUGGUGAAACUUGGAAUCCGUUGAAAUUACGCUAUCAGCUGAAAAAUGUACGCGAACGUCUGGCUAAAAAUCUGGUGGAGAAGGGUGUGCUCACAACGGAAAAGCAAAAUUUUCUACUCUUCGAUAUGACGACACAUCCGCUGAGCGAUAAUGUUGUAAAAUGUCGCCUAGUUAAGAAGAUACAAGAUUCUGUGUUGUCCAAAUGGGUGAAUGAUCCACAGCGCAUGGACAAACGGAUGCUAGCGCUAAUCUUCCUGGCGCACGCCAGCGAUGUGAUUGAGAACGCCUUUGCGCCGCUGAAUGAUGAUGAUUACGAAGUGGCCAUGAAGCGGGUGCGCGAGUUGCUGGAUCUCGACUUCGAAGCGGAGUCGGCCAAGCAAAAUGCGAACGAAAUUCUUUGGGCAGUGUUCAUGGCGUUUACGAAAUAGAUGAUCCUCUCCGCUCCUCUCAAUAGCACACACCCACACACCACAUAUAAAAGCCCCCAAAAAACAGAAAUACACACCCACAUCUGGAAUACAUUUUGCUGCUUUUGUUUUAGAAACUUUUCUGUGAGUGGAACCGAAUCGGGCGAUAGGAUUUUCUUAAAUGGCAACCACCCCAAAUAUCAGUUUCAGUAAUAUAUAUUUUUUAAUAAGACUAUAAAGCAGCCAUAAACCCUAUAUAAAUAUAUUUUUAACAAAAUUGAAAUAGUAUCAAUCAACUGCUAGAUAUUUUUGUCAAUUGUAUUUUUCCUCUUCUUUGAGUACUUUUUGUUAUGCCAAUGUUUUCCAAUCAUAAACAGUAAGUUGUGUUCCACGGCAAAUAGAGUGUAGUUGAUGGACUUCUCUUGCAAUGCUAAUCAAAAAAUAUAAGACGGAGAAUUCGAAGCUGCAGCAUUGUUUUUGUAAUUAUAUAUCUAACACUAAUUGUAAGCGCCAACAAAAAAAAAACAUGAUAAAGUAUGGGCAAGCUGCGUGCUGAUAUCUUUUGUCAAAUAUCCUAUAUAUAUAUUUUAAUUCAA